AUGAAGCUCUUCACAACCUUAGGCCUGUUGGCCUCUGCUGGGCAGUACUGGCUUGCGUCAGGACUGCCUCAGUUCCCCGACAAUCCCAUGUGCACAGCUGGCAUCACGUCCGUCGAAGUCCAGCCCGUACAGUUCGUCGUGCGCCGCCCAAUCUACAUAAGCGCGUUUCUGCCGGCCAACACAGUCUUGAUCCUCGACGACGGACUUACACUUACGGUCACCAACGCGCCGUUGACGCUCAUCACCGAAAUCGACAAGCUGGGCACUCUCACCUCCGAAGUGACCAGAAUCAUCGAGGGAAUCUCAUCUCUCCCCAACGCAUACGUCACGAUCACAAGAGGUGGCCAGUCGGGAACAGAGGCAAGCACCAUCACCGUGCUUCCCUCUGGCCCGGAUGGCGUUGGCACUUACCUUGUCUUCACCCCCUUUGCGCUCACCGACGCGACGACCGGAGCUGGUAUUCUGCCAACACCCACGGUCGGAAGCCCUGCGGCAACAAUCGUCGGCUCUCCCGAGGAUGCCAGUCGUCUUCUGACCGAAGCUCUGAACAGCUUGGGUAAUCCUGUCCCGCCGGUAACAAACGACCCCGGCGCGACCCCGGCCAGCCCGGCUUCAGUCCCGGUGACGCUUCUGCCCACCGGAGGAGCUCUGCCUGCUGCGUUUUACACCACCGUCAAUGUUGGUGGUGCUGAUGGGGUGCCUCGGAACCUGACUGUUACCUCUGGAACCGAGGGCACAGUCUUCGCGCAGACCUUUGACAGAUUCUCGGUCACCGUGACUGGUCCCGACAAUGUCAUCACCGUUCUCGGAAACGCUGGAGUCUCGCCUUCAGCCAUCACCUUGGCCGGAAACCGAGCUGCGGCGGCGGCCUCUGGAGUCAGCGGUGACGUCUUGCAGAUCAUCCAGACCCCUGGAGGCGAGGCAAACUUCCUGGAGCGACUUCUCACGACCACAGUAGGCGCUCAAGGGAUCGAGGGAACCAACACAUUCACAAUUGUUCCUACUGGAACCGGAAGCGUUGGUGCCGUAGUUGUCCAGACUCCUCUCGCAGGUUCCGCAGGCAUUUUUGCUGGACCGCUCAGGACCAUCACGGCCGGUGGAAACACCGGUUCUAAUGCAGUGACAUUUACUGUUCCUCCUCAAGGAACAGACCAAACUGGCACUGUUGUCGUCCAGCCAGCGCAGAUUGCUUUCACUGGCCCCUUCACGACCAUCACCUCAGGAGGCGUCUCUGGCUCCGUGCCCCUUUCUUUGACCAUUUUGCCUUCGACAAGCCCCUCGCUGGGUACCGUCAUUGUGCAAACUCCUCUGGCUGCGAGCCCCAUCAACUUCAUCACAAGAAACGCGCUCGCCAUUGCCGGUCUCGGAGCCACCAUCACUCUGCCAUUGGGCGGUUCUUCUGCUACUGGCCCUGCAACGGUCAUCAUCGCAGCAGGUUUGGGAGGUGAUGAUCCGGCCACGACCGCGCCGGCUGCUCUGGCAGCGUCGAUUGUCACGAUCCGCGGUGCCUUCAACGGCACUACUCCCCAGACCUUGACCUUGGCCCCGGCUGGUGACAACUCGCUUGCGACUGUUGUUGAGCAGUUGCCCGUUGGCUUCUCUACAAACAACCAGGCGAACCCUACAGCCCCGGCUGCUCCGGCUGCGACCGGUGUCAACACAGCCGGUCAACCCAACGCCCCUGUGCCAACAGCAGGACCUUCAGUCAACCCAAUUCCCAACCAGAUUCUUCCUGCUGCCAUCACCAGCGGAUAUAGCGGUUCUGUGCCUACAACUGUCACUUUGCCGCCUUCUGGAGCUCAGACUGCCAGCCAAGUCGUGGUUCUCACCCCCUUUUCCAACGACUUGGUUGCCACCAACAUUCUCCAGCAACCGACAACCAUUACUCAAGGAGCAUCGGUCACUAUCGCGACGACCGUCACUCUCCAGCCGGGUGCCAUUCAGCCAGGAGCAGCAGUUCCCACUGCUCCUACUGUUCUUGUGCUGACGCCGCUCCCGUCUGGGGUAGCAGUAGCAACUCCAGUAGUCAAUCCGGCUCAGUUGACCACGGUCUCCGGAGUCAUCAACGGUAACAGCCCCCUGACUGUUACCAUUCCUCCAGCGGACUCCGUUGAUCCUGGCACCGUCGUUGUUCUUCAACCUGCUCAAACGGCUGGUGUCGCCCCCGGUGUUACUCCUGGAGUCGUUCCCGGCGUCACUCCUGGAGUCGUUCCCGGUGUGACUCCUGGUGGUGCUGCGACUCCCGGAGGUGUAGCAACUCCUGGAGCAGGCCAAGACACUGUUCUUGCUGAACCUUUCCUACCGGGGGCGUUCACGACCAUCCAGUCCGGAUUCAGUGGCGUAACUCCCACCACCUUCACCGUCCCCCCUGUUGCCCCAAAUAGCAUUGGUACAGUUGUCGUCUUGACCCCUACUAACGCAGCAGGUGCCGGCCCCUCACUGCCCGCCGGUGUACCUUUCGUGACGGUCACGAGCCCUUUCGCAGGAGAGACUCCUCAGACCAAUGUAUUGCUCCCAUCUGGUACUAACCCCACAGGAACUGUUCUCGUUGAAGUCCCAGCUGCUCAGUUUACGCCACCCGCUUCAGGUAUCAGCCUGCCCGCCGGUGUGCCAUUCGUGACUGUGACAACUCCCUUCGCCGGAGAGACUCCCGAGACCAACAUCUUGCUUCCCACUGGCACUGGCAGCGUUGGAACUGUUUUGGUUCAGGUGCCGUCUGCCCAGUUCACGCCAGCUGCGCAAGUAACGGCUCCCACCGCAGGCGUUGUCCCGACGCCGGGUGGCCCUCUGCUCCCUGGCAUCACCAUCGGAGGACAGACCAUCGUCAUCCCCGGAAUCACCAUUGGCGGCCCCAUUGCUUUGCCUACUGGUCUUAACUUGGGAUCUUUCCUCACCCUGACUCAGGCCGGGUCAGACCCAAACACCGUAGUCUUCCUUCCCACGGGUACCAACCCGGGUCUUGUUGUCAUUCAGACACCGACUGUUGCGCCGGCUGCUGUUUCUGGCGUUGGUGUCUUCACGACCCUCUUCCAGGGGUACACCGGCUCAACGCCCACCACCACGACUCUGCCGCCGACGGGAACCAACACCCUCGGCGUUGUCUUGGUUCAGACUCCCCUGGUGAACGUCCCCGAUACCACGACGGUUGGUUUCACUGGCACGGCACCCAACACGAUCACCGUGCAGCCCUCUUCGGGUGGCUCUGGUAUCGUGGUUGUUGAAACUCCUUUCGUCAACCCCUUACAAUCCACCCCGGCUGUCCCGGCUCAGAUCUUCACGAGCAUCACCCAGGGCUUUACCGGAUCUGUCCCGACUACAAUUACGCUCCAGCCUACUGGAACCAACACAGUUGGUACCGUGGUUGUUCAGACCCCCAUCUUCCCUGGAGGUGGAGUUCAGGUAACCACGCCAGCAGACCCGGCCGCGUCGGACCCGGGUGAACCUCUCAUUGACAUCAUCGCCACCUCGACUGUCGGUCUCCCCGGCUUGCUUUCGCCGACGACUACUACGAUCCUGCCGAGCGGAACUAACCCCGGCUCUGUCGUUGUUCAGACUCCGGUGUCACUUACCGGCUCUCCGGGACCCAACCAACCUCAGUCCUUCGUCACCCUCGCGACCGGUUACACUGGAACUAUCACUCUGACGACCACCAUUCUGCCCGCAGGCACCAACUCGGUUGGAACUGUUCUCAUCCAGACACCUACUCAAGGUGGAGGAGGCGGCGGUGGCGGCGGCGCAGGUGGUGUCCCAACUGUUGGUGUUACUCCUGAGCCUGCUCUUACUCAAGCUCUCACGACCAUCACGGCUGGAUUCUCUGGUUCCGUGCCGACCACCAUCACAUUCUCCGCCACUGGUGCUCAGACUGCUGGUAUUGUUGUCGUCCAGACUCCUACCACUGGUCCUUUCGCGUCUCCCUCCGUCCAACCGGCCGAGUUUGUCACGUUCUUCACUGGAUACACUGGAUCCGUGACUGCCAUCUCUACGAUCUUGCCUACCGGUACUGCUUCUGUUGGCACCGUCUUGAUCCAGACUCCUACUGCUGGUGCUGUUGCAACCUCGCCUCCCGUUGUUCCCACUGGUUUUGUUCUCACUACCGCUGGCUACACCGGCUUGGUUCCCACGACUAUCACGAUCCAGCCGUCGGGCACCAACCCCGGCACCGUCUUGGUCCAAACACCUACGGCCAACCCCGCGACUUUCGUUCCAACUGGAUUUGUUCUCACCACUGCUGGAUACACUGGCUCAGUUCCGACUACUGUCACUAUUCAGCCCUCUGGUACAAGCCCAGGAACCGUCUUGGUCCAGACACCUGCCGUCGAACCCGCGACGCUCGUUCCGACUGGAUUCAUCCUUACUACAACCGGAUACACCGGUUUGGUUCCGACCACCAUCACCAUCCGGCCCUCUGGCACAAACCCAGGCUCUGUCAUUGUCCAGACCCCGACUGUUCUGCCAGCCUCGGUUCCCUCAGGAUUCGUCCUCACAACGACUGGUUACAUUGGUCUUGUGCCGACAACGGUGACCGUCGAGCCCUCAGGAACCAACCCAGGCUCUGUUAUCGUCCAGAACCCAACUGUCAUCGUCGACCCUGCUCAAGUCCCAACCGGCUUCGUGGUCGCAACGACCGGCUAUACUGGAUCUGUCCCAACCACCGUCACUAUUCAGCCGUCGGGAACCAACCCCGGCACUGUUCUCAUCCAGACACCUACAGUUGAGCCUCAGAUCAUCCCAAGUGGAUUUGUCGUAGCUACCACUGGGUAUACUGGCUCUGUACCGACAACGGUUACCAUCCUCCCGACUGGCACUCAGUCUAUUGGAACCGUCCUGAUUCAGACUCCAACUGCUGUUGCCAGUCAGACCGGAGGCAGCGGUGCCGGUGGCGGUCCCAUCGAGCCCGUCUUUUUGAGCAGCGGAUACGCUGGAUCUGUCACGUCAACUCUGACCUUGACUCCUUCAAACGUCGGAGACCCAACAACAUUGGUCGUACUCACACCUAGCGACGCUGCUGGUGUCACGCCAUCUCCCACAGUCACCGUGGAGCCAAUUGUGUUCAUUACUUUGACCAUCGGAUACCCUGGUCCUACAAUUGCUACCCUGACCUUGUUCCCUAGCAGCGGCAACCCGAUCGGAACUGUCAUCAUCCAGACUCCCUUACCAUCUGGACAGAGCAACACCAUCACUGCCACUGGUUUCACCACGCAAACUCUCCCCUUCACGGGAUCAGUGCCGACCACCAUCACUAUCCCCCCGGCUGCCACGGACCCCAAUGGCAUCGCGACGGUCAUUGUGCAGGACCCGAUUGCUUCGUACGUCACUGUUUCAAGCGGAUACUUCGGUUCCGGUAUUGCGACGACGACUCUCGCUCCCGCAAACCCAGGAGACCCAGGCACCGUCGUUAUCCAGACACCUCUUCCGGCUUCAUUCUUCACCACCACUGUCGGAUACACUGGCUUGGUUCCUACUACGACCACGCUGCUGCCGUCUGGAACCGAUACCGUUGGCGCUGUCAUUAUCCAGGUCCCUACAUCUACUCCUGCGCCGACCGCCGACCCUGCCAUCUCCUACAUUACGGUGUCUACCGGGUACUCGGGAGUGGGAACUCAAACCACCACAAUUCUUCCUACGGGAACCGAAACUGUUGGCCUGGUUCUUAUCCAGACUCCCACGGCUGCCGGCGGCGAUACCGCUACCGCACCUGGAGUUACUCCCACGGCCCCUGAUGUUACCGCUACCCCUGGAAUCAGCUUCAUCACGACGACUACGCUAUGGGAUUCAACGGGUACAUCCACGGAAACCACGUUCCCUACUGGCACGCAGGCUGUGGGCAGUGUCAUUGUCUUUGCUCCUCGAUUUGCCAGAUUCAUCACAACAACUAUUGGCUGGACUGCAAGUGGCCUGUCUACGACCACCAGCCCGAUAACAAGUGCAAGCGAGGUUAUUGGCAUGGUCAUUAUUUACACUCCUGAACCCACUGCCGCUCCUACGUCCGAUCUCGAUCCUUCUGUUGGCGCAUCUGUCACUCCCGCCGCAUCUCCGAGCGUGGAAUUUGCUACUCUUACUAGCACCUACUCAGGAUCGGUGCCCACCACAUUCACGCUCGCUCCUAGCGGCACUGACACCGUGGGUACUCUCGUGGUCUUGGUGCCAAGCUCCACGGCAAGCCCUGAUGCAUCUGGAGGAGAUCCAGUCUUUGCGACUCUUACGAGCACGUAUGCAGGCUCCAUUCUUUCAACUUCAACGAUUGUGCCCACGGGAACCAAUUCUCAGGGCACUCUUGUCGUCCUUGUUCCGAGCAGCGCUCCCUCUCCUGGUGCGACUGGCUCCCCCGGAGCAUUGUUCGAGACUAUUACAUCUACCUAUGGAGGUUCCAUCACCUCUAUCGAGACUCAGUUGCCUUCCGGCUCCGAUCCAACCGGAACUGUCAUUGUCUACGUUCCAAGCGAUGUCUUGGCUUCGCCGACAAUCACACCUGGCCCUGCCUUGACUACGGUUACCUCCGCUUACCCCGGAUCUGUCAUCUCGACUGCCAUUGCUUCACCCGCCAACCCUGGCGACCCAGGCACUGUCAUUGUCUACAUCCCGACGAGCGUGGUUUCAGACACAGGUGCCUUUACAACUGUGCUUUCGACUUACACCGGCUUGGUACCUGCGACGACGACUGUUCUCCCCGCCAACGUCAAUGACCCGGCUACCGUCAUUGUGCUUAUUCCGAGCGCGACCCCCACAGUCAGCGUCCCGGAGGCCACCAGCGGUGGUUCUGGUGGCGGUGCUGGACUUCCCGCACUCUCUACAAGCCUUUACGAUGGUUCGGUGACUCUGACUACAACUAUUCCGGGAGUAUCAGGUCUACCAGACCAGACUCUGGUACUUGUUCCCAGCAUUACACCCACGGCGACCUUGCCGGGCGGUGGUGCUGGUGGUCCGCCAGGACUUAUUACCAGCCUUUACGAUGGUUCCAUCACGCUCACGACUACCAUUCCCGGGGUUUCAGGAGCUCCUGACGAGACCCUGGUUCUCAUUCCCAGUAUCACGCCGACGGUGAGCCUUCCGGGUGGCGGAGCUGGUGGAGUUCCGGGCUUGGUGACCAGUUUCUACGAUGGCUCGGUUACUCUCACCACUAUCAUCCCUGGAGUGACGGGUCUUCCUGACGAGACUCUUGUCCUCAUUCCGAGUGUCACGCCGACUGCCAAUCUCCCUGACAACGGAGCCAGCGAAUUGCCUGCUCUCAUUACUAGUUUCUAUGAUGGCUCAGUCACGCUGACUACCACGAUACCUGGAGUCUCCGGUCUUCCAGAGACAGUCGUCCUCAUUCCGAGUGUUACACCAACGAUAGACAUCCCGGGCUUGUCUACCAGCUUUUACGACGGUUCGGUCACCCUCACGACCACAAUCCCUGGCGCGUCUGGUCUUCCUGACGAGACUCUUGUCUUGGUGCCAAGCAUCACGGCUGACCCAGCUGCUACUGGCGGCGCCGGAGGCUUGCCUGCGCUGGCCACCAGUCUCUAUGAUGGUUCGAUUACCCUUACCACCACGAUCCCUGGUGUGUCGGGAUUGCCUGAUCAGACCCUUGUUCUUGUUCCUGGCGUUACGCCCCAGCCAUCUCUACCGGGCACGACUCUGGCCCCUGGAGUAUACACAAGCACUUACGAUGGAUCAAUCACGUUCGCUUUGACGAUUCCUCCCUAUACUAUUGGAUUACCUGGCGCGACCAUCAUCUUCGUUCCUAGCCUUCCAGGUGUCCCCACAGCGACACCUACGGCUUUGGGCCAAGGGCUCGUGACCAGCUUGUACGAUGGUUCCAUUACUUUCACCUCAACUCUUCCUGGCGUUUCUGGCCUGCCCGACGAAACAAUCGUCUACAUCCCAAGCGUACCAGGGCUCCCCACUGCAGCGCCAACCGCCUCAGCCCCGGGAAUCAUUACAAGCUUGUACGAUGGGUCCAUCACUUUCACGUCAACCCUCCCUGGUGUGUCGGGUCUGCCCGAUGAAACCGUCGUUUUCAUUCCAAGUGCCCCAGGUCUCCCUACAUCGCUUCCAACAGCCUUGGGCCAGGGCUUGGUGCCGAGCUUCUACGAUGGUUCUGUCACUUUGACAUCAACGAUUCCUGGUGUCUCUGGUCAGCCAGAUGAGACUAUCGUCUUCGUCCCUACUAUCACAGGCCAGCCAACAGCAGCCCCAACAGGUCCAAUCACCAGUUUCUAUGAUGGCUCCGUCACCUUUACGUCCACAAUUCCGGGCGCAUCCGGUCUGCCUGAUGGUACCAUUGUUUACGUCCCAAGUGCUGGAGCUCUUCCUAGCUCUGACUUGGGGGGUCUUCCCACAUCUGCGCCUACCGCUCUCGAGGCGGGCUUAUACACAAGCACGUACGGCGGCUCCAUUACUUUCACUUCGACUCUACCCGAAGUUUCUGGACUGCCUGGAGCGACCAUUAUCUUUGUUCCUAGCAUUGCGGCUCCAGCAGUGCCCUCGGUUACGCCUGGCGGCUUAGUGACAAGUCUCUAUGAUGGCUUGAUUACCUUCACAUCUACCAUCCCUGGCGUAUCUGGUUUGCCCGAUGAGACUGUCGUGUUCCUUCCGACCGUCACUAGCCCCGUGGACCCUACCAGCGCGGCUGGAGGUGUUGGAGGCUUGGUCACGAGCCUCUACGACGGCUCAAUCACCUUCACCUCAACAAUCCCUGGUGUCUCUGGUCUACCAGACGAUACGAUCAUCUUCCUACCGUCUCUUACGGCUCCAGCCGUCCCUACCAGUGUUGCUGGAGGCUUAGUCACAAGUUUCUAUGAUGGGUCAAUCACUUUGACUACCACCAUUCCGGGCGCUUCUGGAUUCCCAGAUGAGACUCUUGUGCUUGUACCUUCGAUUACGGACCCUGCGCUCGGAGCAGUGCUCACCAGCUUGUACGAUGGGUCGAUUACGCUUAUGACUACUCUUCCUGGCGUAUCUGGCUUGCCAGAUCAAACCGUCGUCUUGGUGCCUUCGAUUACAGCUCCAGCUGUCCCGACAAGUGCCAUCGGCGGACUAGUCACUAGCCUGUACGAUGGGUCGAUUACCCUUACGACUACUAUCCCCGGAGUCUCUGGCCUGCCAGACCAGACUGUUGUGCUGGUGCCUUCAAUCACCGACCCUGCCCUCCCCACGAGUGCAGUCGGCGGAUUGGCGACCAGCCUGUACGACGGAUCGGUCACACUCACAACGACGAUCCCAGGGGUUUCUGGCUUGCCAGACCAAACUCUUGUCCUCAUCCCCAGUGUCACUGGCGCGCCGGCUUUGCCCAAUCUCUUUACAAGCACCUAUGACGGCUCCAUUACAUUCACGUCCACGGUUCCGGGUGUUUCGGGCCUGCCGGACGACACCAUUGUGUUCGUCCCUGGCAUUACCGCUGCUCCAUCACUGCCCAAUCUCCUCACCAGUACUUAUGGCGGUUCUGUCACUCUCACAUCCGUCAUUCCAGGAGUCUCGGGCGCGCCAGAUGAGACCAUUGUGCUGGUUCCUGAUGUGACAGAUUCGCUGGCGUUGCCAAACAUUCUCACAAGCACUUAUGAUGGAUCUAUCACUGUCACAUCCGUCAUUCCUGGUGUCACUGGGUUGCCUGAUGAGACGAUCGUCCUCGUCCCUAGUGCUGUGCCGAGUCUGCCAGCUGGUGGUCUUCUUACCAGCACUUACGACGGCUCUAUCACGCUCACUUCUGUCAUCCCUGGAGUCACCGGUCUGCCUGACGAAACGAUCAUCCUGGUGCCGAGCGCGACCCCUACGCUGGGUGGUCUUAUCACCAGCACCUACGACGGCUCUGUCACCCUUACCUCUGUCAUCCCAGGUGCUUCAGGCCUCCCAGAUCAGACAGUCAUUCUCGUGCCGAGUGUCGAUCCAACUUUGCCGGCUGGCGGCUUGCUCACAAGCACUUACGGAGGCUCAGUCAUCUCGACAACUACACUCCCGGUUGGAACCGAUGGUCUUCCUGGUGCCACCGUUGUUCUGGUCCCCAGCAUCACGGGGGCCCCAGCACUCCCGAAUGUUUUCACCAGUCUUUACGAUGGACAGAGAACUGCUGGCGACCCUGGAGCGACGAUCAUCUUCAUCCCUCGCCCAACAACCGUUGUGUCAGCUGGCGGUCUUUUCACAAGCACUUACGACGGCUCAGUUAUUUCAACCACGACACUGCCGGCUGGAACUGACGGCCUUCCUGGUGCCACGAUUGUUCUUGUUCCCGGCAUUACGGCGACCCCGGCGCUCCCUAAUAUCCUUACGAGCACUUACGACGGCUCAGUUGAGAUCACCUCGACGAUUCUCAACAGCGCAGGUGACCCCAUCGAGACCUUGAUUCUCGUCCCAAGCUCAAUCGGUUUGCCCACUGGUGUUUCUGCUUUGCCCACAAGCACUUAUGACGGCUCUGUCACCGUAACCUCGACAAUCCUGGACCCGUCUGGCAACCCUGUUCUUACUGCAAUCUUCGUCCCAGGCUCAACUGCCUUGCCCGCAUUGCCAACAAGCUUCUAUGAUGGAUCUGUAACCUUAACGUCGACAAUUCUGGAUCCUUCCGGAAACCCCGUCGAGACCGCUGUGUUCGUCCCAAGCAUCACGGGUGUUCCUCAACUGCCGACCAGCCUUUACGAUGGCUCGAUCACAUUGACAUCAACCAUCUUGGACGCCUCCGGAAACCCAGUUGAGACGACCGUCUUUGUUCCCAGCGUCACUGGUCUGCCUCAAUUGCCGACAAGUCUCUAUGACGGGUCUAUUACUGUUACUUCGACAAUCCUUGAUGCGUCCGGCAACCCUGUUCAAACUGCAGUGUUUGUGCCAAGCAUUACCGGCCUUCCUGCCGCUUUGCCCACGAGCCUUUAUGGCGGGUCAAUCACGGUCACAUCAACUAUACUCGAUGCCUCGGGUAACCCUGUCCAAACCGCGAUCUUCGUGCCGAGCGGUGUGCCGAGCGUUACUGGCCUUCCUAAUAUCCUCCCAACCAGUCUUUAUGACGGGUCGAUCACCGUCACGUCAACUAUCCUCGAUGCUUCUGGUAACCCAGUUGAAACGGCUGUAUUUGUACCAAGCAUCACUGGUCUACCCAAUGUUUUGCCAACAAGUCUAUAUGACGGGUCCGUUACACUUACAUCAACCAUUCUUGAUGCUUCCGGAAACCCUAUUCAAACGGCUGUGUUCGUGCCAAGUGUCACUGGCCUACCUGGUGUCCUGCCUACGAGUCUUUACGAUGGAUCUAUCACGCUUACAUCGACCAUUCUUGACGCGUCGGGUAACCCGAUUCAAACGGCUGUCUUUGUUCCAAGCAUCACCGGAUUGCCUAGUGCACCUGGCGCAUUGCCGACCAGCCUUUACGAUGGAUCGGUGACGUUGACGUCUACUAUCUUGGACGCGUCCGGAAACCCAAUCCAGACUGCCGUAUUUGUUCCGACGAUCACGGGCCUGCCCGACGUGCUCCCAACAAGCUUCUAUGAUGGAUCUGUUACUCUUACUUCUACCAUCUUGGACGCAUCUGGGAACCCGAUUCAGACCGCGGUUUUUAUCCCGACAGUCACUGGCUUGCCCAACGUGCCUCCCACUAGCACCUACGAUGGAUCUGUUACUUUGACUUCCACUAUCCUGGAUCCUUCUGGUAACCCCGUCUUGACGGCAAUUUUCGUUCCCGGAUCGACUGCAGUGCCCAGCCUGGAUCUUCCCACCAGCACCUAUGAUGGCUCUGUCACUCUGACUUCAACCAUCCUGGAUGCGUCUGGAAAUCCUAUCCAGACGGCUAUCUUUGUGCCUGGCGUGUCUAGCUUGCUGGCCACCGGUCUACCAACGAGUACAUAUGAUGGCUCCAUCACACUGACCUCAACUAUUCUGGAUGCUUCAGGCAACCCUGUUGAGACCGCAGUAUUUGUACCAGGCCUAACGAGCUUGGCAAACAACGGGCUUCCUACCAGCACGUACGAUGGCUCUGUCACAUUGACAUCAACGAUCUUGGAUGCCUCUGGAAACCCCAUUCAAACGGCAAUCUUCGUGCCGGGGCCUUCCGCUCUCCCUGAUCCUGGAGUGUUGACAAGCGGCUACGAUGGUUCUGUGACGUUGACCUCAACCAUCUUGGAUGCCUCGGGCGAUCCUGUGCAGACCGUCGUUCUCGUGCCGACUGCCACUGGCCUUCCAGGUGGUGGACUUCUUACCAGCACUUACGACGGAUCGAUCAUCUCAACAACCACACUUCCCGUUGGUACCGAUGGCUUGCCUGGCGCGACUGUCAUUCUUGUACCCAGCCCAACUGCUCCCGCACUGGAUGUCUUGACAAGCACAUACCCUGGCUCUGUGACUCUGACAACGACCGUUCCGUUUGGGCCGCCUGGCUCUUCUGCAGUCAUCGUGUUGGUUCCAAGUGCUACUGCGGCCCUCGGAGAUAUCCUUACCACCACGUACGGCGGAUCGGUUACUCUCACCAGCACAUUCCCUGCUGGCCCGAAUGGCGAGGCUCCGUCUACUGUCGUCUAUGUUCCGGACAUCACCGACGCCCUGCCAAACUUGCCCACAAGCACGUACGAUGGCUCGAUUACCUUCACCUCCACGCUCCCAGGGGGUCCUUCUGGUGAACCUGGUGCGACUGUCAUCUUCGUUCCCGGCAUUACUGGCGUCCCUUCUGCUCCCACCAGAAGCAUCUCGUUCGCGACCAUCACAAGCGCAUACACUGGUGCUCUUCCCUCCGCCACCACGGUUUUCCCGAGCGGUGACAACGAUGAAGGUACCAUUAUAAUUCUCGAGCCAGCCUCAUCAGGAGCCGGUGGUGACCCGGCUCUGUUCGUCACGCUUACGAGUGGCUACUCCGGUCUCGUGCCAUCUGCGACAACCAUCCUGCCUACUGGCACCGAGACACUUGGCCAAGUCAUCAUUUUGGUGCCCACUGCCACGGACGGAAGCACUCCCACCUUCAGCUUUGCCACUAUCACCAGCGGAUACACCGGUCUGGUACCGUCUGCCACCACCAUCUUCCCUACCGGAACCGACACCGACGGGACGGUUAUCAUUCUUGAGCCGACGGCCACUCAACCGCUUGCAUUCACAACCAUCACUAGCCCUGGUGUUGGAUCCGUUACGUCGACCUCAACAAUCUUGCCGACUGUCACUGGCGAUCCCGGCAUUGUCGUCAUUUUCGACCCGGAUCUCCUUGGUACAACCUCGGACCUCCCAUCCUACACCACGGUCAUCAGCACGUACGAUGGAUCGUCUCUCACAACCUCUACCUUGGCACCUGCAGGAACUGACACUAUUGGAACUGUUGUGGUUCUCGUACCAAGCGCAAGCGUCUCCAUCCCCAGAGUCUCUUCCUAUGUCACUCUCACCAUCACUUACAGUGGCUUGGAGCCCCUUGUUUCGACUUUGGCACCUUCUGGCACCGACGCUGUUGGCACCAUCAUCUUCUACGAGCCCAUCGCCACUCCAACGGCUGAUUUCACAACAAUCAUCAGCACUUAUGAUGGGUCUGCUGUGGCCACGUCGACGAUUGCUCCGGCCAGUCCUGGCGAUAUCGGCACUGUCAUCAUCCUUCAGCCUGCUUCCCUCAUCAGCACCCCUGUCCUGUCCGUCACAGCCGUCUUUACUACCAUCACCACCACAUACGAUGGCAGCAUCAUUCAGACCACGACGGCCUUGCCUACAGGAACUGGCCUCGGUGAAAUUGGCACUGUCAUUGUCCAAGUUCCAAGCGCGCUGGCCAAUGCCUUUACUACUGUCACCAGCGGCUACGACGGUUCGGUCACCUUGACCACAACUCUGCUGCCUGAUGCGACUGACCUUGCCGGUCUCGGCACGGUUAUUGUGCAGGUGCCUACCCAGCUUCCAUUGAGCACUGGCGGCUUGGGUGAGUUGUUCACGACAGUAACAUCGACGUACGCCGGUUCGGUUACUCUUACAUCCACAGCACUCCCUGAUCCUGCAGACCCCACUGGCAUUAGAACAGUCAUCGUCCAAGUUCCUGAUCAAGCGGCAACAAGCACUGAUGCUUUGGGCAACAUCUUCACCACGAUUACAUCCACGUACGCUGGAUCCGUUACCCUUACAUCAACAGCUCUUCCAGACAUUGCAGACCCGACCGGCAUCAGGACCGUCAUUGUGCAAGUUCCUGGCGAUCUAGCCACAUCGACAGACAUUUUGGGCGAUCUUUUCACCACCGUGACGUCGACAUACGCUGGCUCCGUGACUCUCACUUCUACGGCCCUGCCUGACGUUGCGGACCCAAGUGGCAUCCGAACAGUCAUCGUACAGGUUCCAGGCGACUUGGCGUCUUCCGCGACUGAUCCUCUUGCCGCUUCGUUCACAACCAUUUUCAGCACGUACCCUGGCUCAGUUACCUUGACAACUACUUUGCCGCCUGCUGCAACCGACCCAUCUGGUCUCGGCACUGUCAUUGUCCAGCUUCCGGAUAUCCUCGCCACGUCUACGGGGGAUGCCCUGCCAACAUCAAGAGACGGUUUUUUGCCUGCGUCUUUCACCACAAUCUUCAGCACGUACGACGGCUCCAUUCCGCUCACCACGACCUUGCCACCAGACGUUACCGACCCAUCUGGCCUUGGAACUGUCAUCGUUCAAAUCCCCGCGAGUGCUACUUCCGACCCUUUGGCUGCUUCUUAUACUACCAUCACCAGCGGCUACACUGGUUUGGUCCCUCAGACCACCACCUUGGCGCCCGCGAAUCCUGGAGAUCUCGGAACAGUCGUCGUACAAGUCCCCAGCGCUACUGUCGAUCCCGGAGUCUUCCUUACCACCGUCACAAGUGGCUACGAUGGCUCAAUUACUCAACUCACCACUCUGCCCGUUGCAACUAUUGAUGGUUCGACGAUUCAAACUGUGAUCGCGCAGGUUCCUACCCUUGUGCCGACCGACUCGAUUGAUCUUGAUGAUCUCCUCGUCACUUUGACAAAUGGCUAUGACGGUUCUGUGACCUUGACAACAACAUUGCCUGCGGUUACCAUUGAUGGAUCGACAAUCCGGUCUGUUAUUGUUCAAGUACCGACUCAGACAGCUCUGCCUGGUGUUUUCCUUACCACUCUUACAAGUGGCUACGAUGGCUCAGUUACGCAGACAACCACCUUGCCUGUUGCUACUGUUGGAGGUCUUCCCAUCCAGACCGUGGUUGUGCAGGUCCCUACUGCCACAGUCUCCGACGGAAUCCAGUCCACCACUAUCACCAGUGGUUACGACGGACUUCUUACCCAGACGACGAGCCUUCCCAUUGGUACAGUCGGCGGCGUUCCGGUCCAGACAGUCGUUGUCCAGGUUCCUACCUCUACGGACCCUCUUGGCGCUCUGUACACGACUCUCACAAGCGCUUAUCCCGGCUCGGUCACCUUGACCACCACUCUCGCUCCGGCUGGUACAGGUAUUUCUGAGUUGGGUACUGUUGUCGUCCAGGUGCCGUCCGAUGUUCUCUCUGGUGCGAUUCAGUACACUACUCUUACCAGUGGAUAUGACGGUUCUCUACUGCUUACGCAGACUGGCAUCACCACCGGCGCAGAUGGUCUCGCUACUGUUAUCGUUUUGCAGCCAACUGGAACACUUACAGUUCUCCCGUCCAACAGCGCAAGCGCUACUGAAUCUGACGACCCUGCUUUAUUCGUUACGAUCACAACUGGAUACCCAGGCUCGGUCAUCGCUACCCAAACUGACUCAGUUACUGGCCCUGAUGGUCUCGUCACUGUCGUCGUCCAGACUCCCACGAUCACUGCUCUGCCUAGUCUUGACUACACCACCAUCACGAGCGGAUAUGACGGCUCGGUCCUGCAAACCCUUAUUGGAUCAGCCACGGGUGCAGACGGUCUUGCUACCGUCAUUGUGCAGGUUCCUACUGGAUCUAUCACAGUCGCACCGGCGACGUCAGGAACUAGCGUGCCCGGCAUCUCGUACACCACUGUCACCGAGACUUACGAUGGCUCGUUCCUCCAGACGCUCAUCGGCUCAAUCCUUGGUCUUGAUAGUCUCGCAACGGUUCUUGUGCAAGUUCCUAGAAUCAGCAUCGACGUCUCGAUAUCUCUUGGCUUGCCUUCCCUCGGACCAGGUGCUACUCCCACGAUUACCGUCGAUCCUUCGGCUACUACCAGUGUCCCUGGCUUAUCAUACACCACCGUCACAAGUGGUUACGAUGGCUCAAUCGUCCAGACCCAGCUCGGAUCCGUCACCGGCAUCGAUGGUCUCGCCACUGCUGUCGUUCUGGUACCCAGCACCGCGGCCAAUCUGCCGACUUCGGUUACCGAGAACAUCAUCUCGUACAUCACGGUUACCACUGGCUACGAUGGUUCUAUCACUUUGUUCCAGACUGUUGCACCCGCAGCUUCUGGCCUUCCUGGCACCGUCCUCGCCCAGAUCCCGACUGCGGCAGGGCCCAUCACGGCGCCGACAAUCACCACGCCUUCACUUACCGGCUCAGGCGGAACUGUCACAGUCACAUCGUUCGACCCGAGCAUGACUGGUUCUGCUUUCAUCACAAUGACGUUGUCGCCCUCUCGUCUUAGUGACCCAGUCACGGUGCUCGUCGCGGUUCCUCGGCGACUCUUCUUGGUCACAACCUCGAUCCCAGGCCUGUCAUCUGUGCGUACGUCAACAAUGUCCAUCGGUCUCGACGGCAUCCAGACCGUUAUGAUACAGGUCCCAGCUCUCUCGACUCCCACAGCGCUGUCAACGCCUACGAUUGGCGCGAUCACCACCGUCACCACUCCUUAUACGGGCUCGGUCACUUUGAUCCAGACUCAGACUCCGAUCAACAUUGGCGACCCAACUACCGUGCUUGUUCAAGUUCCAGAGGCGCUCUUCGAGAUCACCUCAACGCGCUUUGGAGCAACUUCUGCAGGAACGACCACGGUAUCGCCAAUUGGCACUGGUGUUCCCACAGUCAUCAUCGAUGUUCCGGGGGCCUUCUCUACCAUCACAAGUGGAUACUCCGGUCUUAUUCCGUCUACCACCACGAUCGUGCCUACUGGUCUUGAUGACAUUGGUCUUGUCAUCAUCCAGACGCCGACUGCCGAAGUCAGCUCAAUUGGAGGCACCAUCUUCACUACCGCUCCUGGCACUGGUCUUAUUCCGACUACCACCACGGUAACCGGCACUGAUGGUAUCGUGUCUGUGAUUGUCGAGACUCCUACGAUUGGCGUGGCUUCUGGAGGCACCGUCUUCACCACCAUUCCGGGAACUGGCCUUCUUCCGACGGCCACCACCGUUACUGGUGCAGACGGAAUCGUGUCUGUCAUUUUCGAGACUCCCACUGCCUCGGCGACCGCAAUUCCCACUACCGUCUUCACCACGGUACCCGGGACUGGAUUGCUUACUACAGCAACUACAGUCACUGGUGCCGAUGGCGUUGUCUCUGUCAUCUUCCAGACUCCCACGACCUCGGGCGAGCUGCCCACGGUCUUUACCACGAUCCCUGGAACUGGUGCUCUCCCUGCAACACUCACAGUCACCGGAACCGAUGGAGUGGUCUCAGUCAUUUUCGAGGCACCCACAGUCACUUCAGGAGGUCUUCCAACGACCAUCUUUACCACCUUUCCUGGUACCGGUCUGCUUCCCGAGGCCACGACUGUUACGGGCGCAGAUGGCAUCGUUUCGGUCAUCUUCCAAACAUCCACAACGGCUGCACCAGGCGCACCGACUACCGUAUUUACCACGGCACCUGGCACUGGUCUCUUGCCCGCGACCACCACGGUCACCGGCGCUGAUGGCAUCGUCUCCGUCAUCUUCCUCGACCCUGACACCUCUGGUGAACCUAUAAUCACGCCAACCGCAGCCACCACCAUCUUCACCACCAUCCCAGGCACUGGAGUCCUCCCCGCCACCAACAUCGUCACCGGUCCCGAUGGAGUGGUCUCGGUCAUUGUCUCCGAGGCCACGGCUACAAGCAUCCCUGGGGUUUCAUACACCACUAUUACCACGGGAGGCCCGGCUUUGGCUACAAGAACCAUCCUGCCAUCCGUUCUUGGUGAUUUGGCAACCGUUAUCGUCGAGACUCCCACUUUGGGUGCCAGUCCUGGUGCUUUCAUCACGGUCACCUCAGCUGGCCCCAUCCCGACUACUUUCACCCUUCUCCCGGCUUCUCUGGGCGAAACUGGUACUGUUGUGAUCGUUCCGACCACAUCCUCGGACCUGGCUGUCGACCCGGCUCUGUCAUUCACCACAGUCUUCUCGGCGGGCCCAGUCCCUACGACUCUUACAAUUUUGCCAGCUAUUUCCGGAGACCUCGGCACCAUUAUCGUGGUCCCGACAGCAUCUUCUGACCUUUCCAUUGAUCCGGCACUUUCACUCACUACUGUGUUCUCUGCUGGUCCUAUCCCGACAACCUUCACCCUCCCCCCUGCAGUCAGCGGACUGCCAGGCACGGUUGUGAUCGUUCCUUCAGCAACCUCUUCGGACUUGCUUGUCGACCCUGCUCUCGAAUACACCACUGUGUUCUCUGCUGGCCCCAUCCCGACGACCUUCACUCUUGCUCCAGCAUCCAGUGGGUUGCCAGGCACAGUCGUGGUCGUCCCCUCGACGACUUCUUCGGACCUGCUCGUCGACCCGGCUCUCGAGUACACCACCAUAUUCUCCACUGGUCCCGUUCCUACCACCUACACACUGCCUCCGGCAGUCAGUGGUCUUCCUGGCACGGUGGUUGUUGUUCCAUCAGCAACCUCGUCAGACUUGCUCGUUGACCCCGCCCUGCAAUUCACCACUGUGUUCUCUGCGGGUCCUGUUCCGACGACUUUCACAAUCACUCCGGCUGUCAGCGGCUCUCUUGGUACAGUUGUCAUUGUUCCUACAGCUUCAUCCGAUCUGUCGAUCGACCCUGCCCUCUCACUUACGACGGUUUUCUCUGCGGGUCCAAUCCCGACGACUUACACCCUUCCUCCAGCAGCAAGUGGUCUUCCAGGAACCGUCGUUGUGGUCCCGACCGCUUCGUCCGAUCUGCCUAUCGACCCGGCAUUGUCGUACACAACCGUCUUUUCUGCCGGUCCCAUUCCCACGACGUUCACUCUGCCGCCCCUGUCAAGUGGUCUUCCUGGUACUGUGGUGGUGGUUCCGUCCGCCACCUCGGGCUUGCCAAUCGACCCCGCGCUGUCAUACACGACUAUCUUCUCCGCCGGUCCUAUCCCAACCACUCUUACGAUCCCGCCUGCGGCGAGCGGCCUUUCAGGCACCGUCAUCAUCCAGUCUCCUGGCGUCUUCUUCGACACGAUUACAUCGACGUAUGAUGGCACCGCUCCCGCGUUGUCGACUGUCUUCCCCACUGCGGCUGGUGAAACCGGCACCGUUAUCGUCCUUGUGCCUUCCGGCCUUGUACCUUCUGCCACGGUGCCGUUGACGACACCGACUCUCACCCGCGGCCAGGUUACGAUAACUUCUCUUUACACUGGCAGGAUUCGCUUCAGCACCACCAUUGGCGUCAGCAUCCAAGGAGACCCAACUCUUCCGGACACGGUCGUUGUGUACGUCCCCUUCACCGAGGACGUAUCUGCGACACCGACGGCAACCCCUGGUGCAGUUACGACGAUUUUCACCGGAAUCUCCGGAACUUUCGUGGGCCCUGUCACCACAACACUGCCUGCUGGUCCCGACGGCAUCGAAACAGUACUCAUUCAGACUGCUCUUCCCGAUGUCACUCCUACCGCCACUGGUCUCACUACGAUUUUCACUGGCAUUCCGGGAACUUUCACUGCUCUUCCUGGUGUCACUCCUACCGCCACUGGGCUUACCACGAUCUUCACCGGCAUUUCGGGAACCUUCGUGGGAAGCUUGACAACGACGCUCCCGGCCGGCCUUGAUGGUAUUGAAACAGUGCUGAUCCAAACUGCUUUGCCUGGCAUUACGCCAACCGCUACCGCCAUCACGACCGUUUUCACUGGUAUUCCCGGAACAUUCUUGGGUUCCCUGACGACGACGCUUCCCGCCGGCCCUGAUGGUAUUGAAACCGUUCUCAUCCAGACUGCGUCAUCAGGAAUCGUCCCGAGCGCGACCGCUGCCACGACAAUCUUCACGGGUGUUCCUGGCACCUUCUUGGGUUCUGUGACAACCACUUUGCCUGCUGGACUUGAUGGUAUCGAGACCGUUCUCAUCCAAACAGCUCUUCCAUCGGGAGGCCCUACAGCUACUCCGACCGCCAGUCCGACCGCAGUCACGACGGUAUUUACGGGUAUCCCAGGAACCUUCAUAGGAUCCCUGACAACCACUCUACCCGCCGGCCCAGAUGGUAUCGAAACUGUUCUGAUCCAGACUGCGUUGACUGCUAUCCCAAGCGCAACUGGCCUGACGACGAUCUUCACUGGUAUCCCUGGCACUUUCGUCGGUCCUGUGACAACAACCUUGCCCGCUGGCCCUGAUGGAAUCGAGACAGUUCUCAUUCAGACUGCUCUUAGCGCUAUCCCGACAGCCACUGGUUUUACGACGAUCUUUACGGGUAUUCCUGGCACGUUCUUGGAUCCUCUCACGACCACGCUCCCGGUUGGUCUUGACGGCAUUGAGACUGUUCUCAUCCAAACUGCUUUGAGUGCUAUUCCGACCGCUACUGGCCUUACCACCGUGUUUACUGGAAUCCCAGGCACUUUUGUUGGACCCGUCACAACAACUCUUCCGGUCGGUCCAAAUGGUAUCGAGACGGUGCUUAUCCAGACUGCUCUGCCCACGGCAAUCCCGACCGCAGUUACUACCAUCUUUACUGGUAUUCCGGGAACAUUCUUGGGCUCUUUGACAACAACUCUGCCCGCCGGUCUUGACGGCAUUGAGACGGUACUCAUCCAGACCGCCCUGCCUACGGCUGCCGCUGGCGCGAUUACCACGAUCUUUACUGCCGUUCCCGGAACCUUCUCUGGGGUCCGCACCACAACGCUGCCAGUCGGUCUCGAUGGUAUCGAGACUGUCCUUGUUGAGGGUGCCUUGCCAACCGCUGCCCCGAGUGUCACUGUCACGUACACGACCAUCUUCUCAGGCAUCAUUGGCACGUUUGUUGGACCUCAAACAUCCACACUCCCUGCCGGACCUGAUGGUGUCGCAACUGUCAUCAUUGCUAUUGCAAUCCCGUCUGAGAGCAUUCGCUUCACUACGAUUCUCACAGGACUCCCGGGAACAUUUACCGGCACUCAGGUCACCACCUUGCCGGUCGGCACCGACGGCAUCGCGACCGUCUUGUUGCAAACCGCUCUGCCUACUGCUUCGCCAGUCUCGUACACGACACUGCUUACAGGUAUUCCGGGCACCUUCAUCGGCACUCAAGCAACUACUCUGCCCGCCGGCACUGACGGCAUUGCUACUGUGUUGCUUCAGACUGCCUUGCCCACUAUCGCGACUGUUUCCUACACGACUCUGUUCUCGGGUGUGCCCGGUACCUUCGCGGGCACCGUGGCCACAACACUCCCUGCCGGCACGGACGGCAUCGCAACUGUCAUCUUCCAGACUGCCAUCCCCACGCCCACAGUCUCGUCGCCAGGAAUUUCAUACACUACGAUCUUCUCGGGCUUGCCAGGUACAUUCAUCGGCACUUUGGCAACCACCUUGCCCGUGGGAAGCGACGGCAUCGCCACAGUUAUCUUCCAAACUGCUCUCCCUACAGCUACAAGUGCCCCUGGUGCUUCGUACACGACUAUUCUGACCGGUGUACCGGGAACGUUCAUUGGCACUCUAGCAACCACCUUGCCUGCGGGCCCUGAUGGUCUUGGUACUGUUCUCUUGCAAACUGCUUUGCCGAUUGCAACGUCAACUCCUCCUGGAUUGCAGUAUACCACGAUUCUUACUGGUGUGCCGGGAGCGUUUGCCGGAACUCAAACCAACACUUUGCCCUUGAUUUCUGGCGCCACGAUUGGAACAGUUCUUUUGGAGACCGCCAUUCCCACCGCUAGCCCGAUCCAGUACACGACGCUGCUCACUGGCGUCCCCGGCACUUUCAUCGGAACCCAGACGACCACGCUCCCGAUCAUCAGCGGCACUGUUGGCACAGUCCUGAUCCAGACUGCUCUGCCUACCGCUCAAAGUAUUGAUAUUACGUACGUCACCGUCAUCACCGGCGUCCUGGGCACAUUCCCUGGAACCCGCGCUUCGACGGCCCAGCCUACUGGAACCCAGCGAACCGGUACCGUCUUCUUGGAGACGGCGAUUCCUGCAAUCACAUCGAAUGUGGUUUCGUACGUCACAAUCGUCACUGGAAUCCCGGCGACCUUUACUGGUACCCAGACCCGAACCUUGUCUGGUUUCGGAGCUGAUGGCCUCGGCACUGUUCUCUUGGAGACUGCGCUGCCUAUCACAAGCCCGAUCUCCUACACGACUAUCUUCUCUGGCAUUCCUGGAACGUUUAUCGGCACACAGGCUCUCACUCUGGCUCCUGGUACUGAUGGAUUGGGUACCGUCGUGUUACAGACUGCGAUUCCCUCGGUCUUUGUUCAAUCGUUCACAACCAUCUUCUCCGGUAUCCCGGGUACGUUCCUUGGAACUCAAACUCGUACUCUGUCUGGUACUGGCGCAGAUGGCCUCGGAACGGUUGCGUUGGAGACGGCGUUGCCGACGGCACUCGCUCAGUCCUACACGACCAUCCUUUCCGGCGUUCCGGGCACCUUUGUCGGCACUUCAACGCUUACCCUCCCGGGCACUGGCGCGAACGGUCUCGGCACUGUCGUUAUUCAGACAGCACUUCCUACUGCGCUCGCGGCUUCGUACACGACGGUCUUCUCUGGCAUCCCAGGAACAUUCUUGGGAACCCAAACUCGCACCCUCUCUGGAACUGGUGCAGACGGUCUUGGUACAGUUGUUUUGGAGACUGCUUUGCCUACGGCAUUGGCCCAAUCUUAUACCACGAUUUUCUCUGGCGUCCCUGGCACGUUCGUGGGAACUUCGACGCUCACUCUUCCUGGCACUGGUAUCGACGGACUUGGCACGGUCGUCCUCCAGACGGCUAUCCCUACUGCAAGCCCAACUGUGAGCCUUCAGUUCACCACGCUGGUUACGGGUAUUCCUGGAUCCUUCAUCGGAACCCAGACGACUACUCUACCUGUCGUUGGCACUGGCAACUUGGCUACGGUUCUGCUCCAGACUGCCGUUCCUGUGGUAUCUUACGUGACCCAGAUCACGGGCAUUCCGGGCACUUUCGUUGGAACAAGCACUCGAACCCUGCCUAUCACUGGUACUGGCAACGUGGGAACAAUCCUUCUGGAGACAGCCGUUCCUUUGGCUUCGUUCACGACCAUCUUCAGCGGCGUCCCUGGCACGUUUGCCGGAACGCAAACUCGCACUUUACCAGCGCUUGGCACAGAUGGUCUGAUUACGGUUGUUCUUGAGACUGCUGUACCCGAGGCUACUUCAUCGGCUCUGCCGUCUGUCACGGUCAUCAACACGUCAUAUGUCACGAUCAUCACGGGUAUCUUUGGUACUUUCGAUGGAACUCAGACAACGACCCUUCCUGCCGCGGUCACCAAUCCUGGCUUGGUCACUGUCGUCCUUCAGACUGCCAUCCCCAGCGCUGGCACAACUGCGUUCACCACGAUCCUCACAGGCAUCCCUGGCGCCACUUUCUCCGGCACCAGGACGAACACUUUGCCCGUCAUUGGAACUCUCGGAACUGUACUUCUCGAGACAGCCAUUCCCAGCGUCCCCGCGACUUCGUUCACGACGAUCUUUACUGGAGUCCCAGGAGCCACGUUCAUCGGCACCCAGUUCAGCACUCUGCCUGUCACCGGUUCCAUUGGCACCGUUCUCGCAGAGACUGCUCUCCCUGCCAUUCCGACAACGUCGCUCACCACCAUCUUCACUGGUAUUCCUGGAGCUACUUUCAUCGGUACGCAGCUCUCCACUCUGCCCGCUACUGGAACGAUCGGCACGGUAUUGGCUCAAACAGCGCUGCCUGCCCUUCCGACGACCUCGUUCACCACGAUCUUCAGCGGAAUUCCAGGAGCUACCUUCGUUGGUCCUCUCACCACCACGCUUCCAGUUACUGGCACAAUUGGCACCGUUAUCAUUGAGAGUGCACUGCCCGCGGUGAUUUCAUACAUCACCGUUCCAACCGGCGUGCCGGGCGCAAGCUUCGUCGGCACCCAGUUCUCUACCCUACCCCUCACUGGUGCCAUUGGUACUGUCUUGGCUCAAACCGCGCUCCCGGCUGACAUUUCGUAUGUCACGAUUCCCACCGGAGUACCUGGGGCUACCUUCAUCGGAACCCAACUCACCACUCUCCCAGUGACUGGUACUAUUGGUACGGUUUUGGCCGAAACUGCCAUCCCUAACGCAGUCACGUCUUAUACCACGGUCCUCACCGGCGUCAUCGGCACCUUUGCCGGCACACGAGCAACGACUCUUCCAGUUACCGGCACGCUUGGAACUGUGCUCUUAGAGACAGCUCUUCCAGUGCCGACGUCGUACACAACGCUCAUCACCGGAAUCCCGGGCACAUUUAUCGGCGCUCAGACAACUACCUUGGCAGGCUCAGGAACGGUCGGCACCGUACUCAUCCAGACGGCGCUGCCUCUGCCACCAGUCACUUCGUACACCACGAUCCCGACUGGUACCAUCGGCACGUUCGUCGGCACCCAGACAAUCACCUUGCCGCUUACUGGCACUUUGGGCACCGUUUUGCUCCAGACCGCCAUCCCGCCUAUUGUUACUGGCUACACCACGAUUACUCGCGGCGUCACUGAUACGUUUGUGGGCACUCGUACUUCAACGGGCCCGGUCAGCGGAACGCUGGGUACGGUAUUCGAGGAAACGGCUAUUCCGCCUUUGUCUACAUCAUAUGUCACUCUCAUCACUGGUAUUAUCGGGACAUUUGCGGGUACGCAGACGACGACCUUGCCCGUCAGCGGCACCCUUGGUACCGUUCUUUUGCAGACGGCGUUGCCCAUCCCAACGUCAUACGUUACAGUCACAACCGGCAUUCCGGGCACCUUCACUGGUACUCAGGUAUCAACGAUCCCAGGAUCUGACACUAUUGCCACCGUGGUGCUUCAAACGGCCCUCCCCUUCCCUACCUCAUACACCACACUCCUCACUGGUGCCCCUGGCACGUUUGUUGGAACCAGAACUACAACUUUGCCGUUUUCUGGCACUCUCGGAACUGUCUUGCUCGAAACUGCUCUCCCUCUGCCGACAUCAUAUGUCACACAGACUACGGGCAUCCUUGGCGCUACCUUCCUCGGCACCCAGACAACGACAAUCGGGUCCGGAACCCUGGCCACGGUGCUCCUCGAGACGGCCCUUCCCUUCCCUACAUCGUACACCACGAUCUUUACGGGUGUCCCUGGAGCCACUUUCCCAGGAACACAGGCGAUCACUCUCUCUGCCACCGGCAACCUGGCAACAGUCUUGGUUCAGUCCUCGGUUCCUAUUCCGACGUCGUAUACAACCAUCUUCACAGGCAUUCCGGGAGCCACCUUUGCUGGACCUCAGACUUCUACACUCGUAGGGUCUGGAUCCAUCGCAACUGUGCUCAUCCAGACCGCUCUGCCGAUCCCGACAUCGUACACCACGAUCGUGACUGGCCUUGCCGGAACUGUGUUCCCCGGAACCCAGACGGUCACGCUUUCGGCCACGGGAACCCUCGGAACCGUUCUGCUUCAGACUGCCAUCCCGUACACGACAGUUCUCACGGGAAUUCCUGGAACCUUCAUUGGAACCCAGGCAAUCACCAUUCCUCCAGUCGGAAGCCAGCUUGGCACAGUCCUUCUUCAAACCGCCUUGCCGCUCUCAUACACCACAGUUACUAGCGGAAUCACGAGCGACUUCACCGGCACAAGGACUCUUACUCUUGAUGGCACGGGCACCAACGUCCGAACCGUCGUCUUGGAGACCGCCAUCCCUGCCCAGGUCAUUGUCUCUUACACGACAAUCAUCACAGGUAUUCUCGGCACUUUCGCUGGCACUCAGACGUCUACGGUUCCCACAACUGGACCUGGCCAGAGCCUCGUCACCGUUUUCUUGGAGACCGCUAUUCGCCCGAUUUCGUUCACGACAGUCUUUAGCGGAGUCAUCGGCAACUUUGCAGGCACUUCAACCGUUACACUUCCCACGACCGCCGGUCAGGCACUUGGCACCGUGGUUCUGCAAACCGCGCUGCAAACCACAUCUUACAUCACGAUCCCUUCGGGCGUACCUGGCAACUUCCAGGGCACCUCACUCAUCACCUUGGACGGAACUGGUCUCAUCAGAACCGUCAUUGCGGAGACGGCCUUGCUAACGACCUCGUACACAACGAUUGUUUCAGGAGUUGCUGGUAACUUCCAAGGCACUUCUCUGAUCACUCUGCCGGGCACUGGUCUCAUCCGAACUGUUAUUGCUGAAACCGCGAUCCCAACGACUGGCUAUGUGACGAUUCCCACCGGCGUUCCUGGUAACUUUGCUGGAACUUCGCUCAUCACUCAGUCUGCCGCCCCUGGCGCCACACUCAUCACCGUCUUGGCUCAAACCGCUAUUCCGACCACCGGAUAUGUGACCAUUCCUACUGGCAUCCCUGGUAACUUCCAGGGUACUUCUUUGAUCACACAGUCGGCUGCGGCAGGUGCCACGUUGAUUACUGUCUUGGCCCAAACCGCCAUUCCCACGACGGGAUACGUGACGAUUCCCACUGGUGUACCUGGUAACUUCCAAGGCACAUCUUUGAUCACGCAGUCCGCCGCCGCAGGAGCAACGCUCAUCACUGUGUUGGCUCAAACUGCCAUUCCUACUACAGGUUAUGUGACAAUCCCGACUGGCGUCACUGGCAACUUCGCGGGCACCUCCUUGGUCACCCAGUCCGCUCCCGCAGGUGCCACGUUGAUAACGGUGCUGGCUCAGACUGCUAUUCGUACAACAGGAUAUAUCACCAUUCCCACGGGUGUCACUGGGAACUUUGCCGGCACAUCUUUGGUCACUCAAUCUGCUGCCGCGGGAGCUACUCUCAUCACGGUUCUAGCACAUACGGCCAUUCCGACGACGGGAUACAUCACCAUCCCUACAGGUGUGACAGGCACGUUCCAAGGCACGUCUCUGGUCACGCAAUCCGCAGCUGCUGGCGCUACCCUCAUCACCGUUCUCGCGCAGACAGCUCUGCCGACAACCCGCUUCACUACCAUUCCCACUGGUGUUCCUGGAAACUUCCAAGGCACCUCGCUGGUGACUCAGUCAGCCGCCGCGGGAGCUACUCUCAUCACGGUUCAGGCACAGACAGCUCUGCCUACCACGGCUACAACUACCGUCCUCACCGGUGUGCAGGGUGUCUUUGCUGGAACUUCAUACCUCACCCUUACUGGCAGCGGAACCAUCGUCACUGUUCUCGCUCAGACGGCCUUGGCUCAGACUUCUUACGUGACGAUCCCCUCUGGAGUACCCGGCGCUACCUUCACCGGUACCUCACUGGUUACUCAGUCCGGAACAGGUCUUGUCAGAACAGUCAUCGCAGAGACUGCCCUGCCCACGACAACAUAUGUUACUAUUCCAUCUGGAGUCACUGGAGCCGCCUUCACUGGCACCUCUCUCAUUACCCAAUCGGGCACUGGACUUACUAGAACCGUCAUCGCGGCCACGGCCGUUCCCAUCUCGACCGUCUACACGACCAUCCCGACUGGAGUUGCCGGUUCUUUCACAGGAACCCGCUACUCCACCAUAAGCGGCACAGGCAGUCUCAUCACUGUGUUCGCGCAGACUCGCAUUCCCACGGCCACACGUGUCGUCACGCAGACGUCCUCGCCAUCGGGAUGUAUCCCCACGCCCGUCGCAAGCCCUACUGGACGCUGUAUCGGCCAAGCACAAGUCAACGCAGUUCCCAUCCCGACUCAGUGUUCUAGCUUGGAUCAAACCCUCCUCGGCGGGGUCCUCACCACUCCUAGUACGUCGCAGCUCGCCGCUUGUCAAGCCGCGUUGGGCAACUAUGCCACCAUCCCUGAGGUUGCGGCUUGUACCGUAUCCGGCCUCAGGCUCCUCGGCACAUACGCCGAGUGUAUCAGGACCGGUCUUGCCAGUGCAAUUGGCUGCGUCAGAAGUCUGCCGCUCUCGUGUACUCAGAUCGAGGCUGCCACUGGUGUCGCUGCCAUCACAGCGCAAGCCAACGUCUGUAUCGCAAACUUGGGAAUCUUUGGGUACUCCGGACUUUUCGGCAGCACCGUCAACUUGGCAACUUGCAUCACGAACAACGCAGCCACUUCUGGUCUGGCGGUCCUCAACUGUAUCGAACAAGGCACAGGCCUGCCCAUCAACAGCUCUAGAGCAAACACGGCGGUACUUUGCCCGUCAGGAACAGCUUGCCCACAAGUUCCCACAGCUUGCGGAGCUCUUCUGGAUGCGUCGUUCAACUUGACGAACGGUCUCGAUGCACAGGUUAACCUCUGUCAGGCGGCCCUGGUGGUCAACUCCAUUCCAGGCGUUCUCAGCACGACUCUUGCAGACCCCUUGGGCACAGUUGGCUGUCUGGUCGGCAACUUGGUCACGACCGUCAACAAUCUGCUCAGUCCACAGCAACAAUACGGCCAGUGUUUCCUGCAAAAGAUCCAAGGCAGCUGUAUCACCAGCUUGCCCGAGACCUGUCUCAACAUCGGCGUGGGCGCCCAAGCAAGCGGCCUUGCCAGCAACGUGAACGCGGCGGUAUCAGUCACUGAUCUCCUCAGCUGUGUCACGAGUCUCGGCUUGCUGGCGAACAGAGUCGACCCGAACUGCUUCAACGUCAGCCUGGGCUCACAGGGCAUCGUUUCUUGCCUGAACCUAAGCUUGUUCGGCGUCGCCACCGUUAACGUCGUCACCAAAUAA